AUGCUCACCUUUAAGAAGGCCCUCGUGCUUUCGCUAGCAUGUCUUACCCUAUUUUUUCUGUUCAAAUCGCACCACCAGAGCUCAGCGCCCAACUUCCGCAACGCGAACGAAAUGCCACGGCCGACCGCGUGGAAGCCUGAGUUCGAAAAGCAAGAAGAGGCACAGAAGGCGGCCAAGGAGACUGCAAAGGCAGAGAAGGCCUUCAACACGCCCGAGCCGCCGCCGAAGAAGCCAAAGACGCAGAUCAGCAUGGAUGUGCUGACACAGAAGCCGCUCCGCGAGCAGCUCGAAUACCAAUUCCCCUACGAUGUCGACUCGAAGACACCCGCAUACAUUUGGCAGACUUGGAAAUACACUCCCGCGCAGGGCGAGUUCAGCGAUGCCUUCCGCGAGGCUGAGGCAACCUGGACCGUUCACCACCCGUCCUUUGUCCACGAGGUCAUCACCGACAACGUUGCCGUACACUUGAUCAGGCAUCUCUACGCGUCGGUGCCGCAGGUCCUCGAAGCCUACAAUGCGCUCCCGCUCCCAGUCUUGAAGGCCGACUUCUUCCGCUACCUGAUCCUGCUCGCGAGGGGCGGUAUCUACUCGGACAUUGACACAUCUGCAUUGAAGAGCGCAGCCGACUGGGUACCCAAGGACGUCCCUGCCAAUUCCUACGGCAUGGUCAUUGGCAUCGAAGCCGACCCUGACCGCCCAGACUGGGCUGAGUGGUACUCCCGCCGCAUUCAGUUCUGCCAAUGGACAAUUCAGUCGAAGCCGGGCCACCCUGUCCUUGUCGACGUGGUUGCAAACAUUACAGAGGAGACAUUGAGCCGCAAGAAGGCAGGCAAGCUCAGCAAAGAUCACAAGGGCAUAAUCGAGUUCACCGGCCCCGCUGUCUGGACUGACAGCAUUUUCAACUACUUCAACAAUCCCGACUAUUUCGACAUGAGCACCAGCAAGGGCAACAUCACUUGGGAGAAUUUCACCGGUAUGAAGGCGCCUAAGAAGGUCGGCGACGUUAUUGUUCUCCCCAUCACAAGCUUCAGCCCUGGUAUCAAGACCAUGGGCGCUGGCGAGGAAGAUGACCCAAUGGCUUUCGUCAAGCACCAGUUUGAAGGUACCUGGAAGCCCGAAAGCGAGCGACACAUUGGAGAAAUUUUCAAUUCAGCCUAG